UGGGCCGCCUCUUACUUCCACUCCUGUUGUGAUAACAAAGGACCAACAGUCACGGUGAUAAAGAGCGGAAAUUACAUAUUUGGAGGAUAUACCGAGCAGCCAUGGCAAUCGUCAAAUACUGCAUUGCACAAAAGAGCACCAGGUUCUUUCCUGUUCAGCCUUGCCAAUGCCAGUGGCUUGCCACCAACAAAGAUGCCUUUGAUAGAUGGUCAGGAAGGAAAAGCCAUCUUUUGCUACAGUGGCAACGGUCCAGUAUUUGGAGGUGGAAAUGACCUUAACAUUUGCUGCUCUCCAAAUUCUUCCAACUGCUCUGUUAACCUUGGCAAUACAUACCAGUGCCCAGUAGGUCAGAAUGGUCACUAUUUUUUAACAGGAAGUCAAUACUUCACUGUGAGUGAAAUGGAAGUGUUUGUGUUCGAAAAUUAAAGACAUUGUUGUCAUUUUUUUUCUUCCUGAUAAGACUAAAACUGAUUCUGUAAACGUUUGCCAUUGACUAGUUUCCUCUUAGUCAUGUUGUUGAUAGAGAGUGUUGUUACUGAUAUAUGAAUGGAGGUGUAAGAGCCUUUAGAAACUCUGGUGCUGUGCUGAUUUGGUUCGUGAAAGAUUGUUACUUGCUUCUGAUUUUCAAGAAUUGUCUAUUAGUCAUUUAAGUGAGUUGUUGUUACUUGAUCAAGACUGA